AUGGCAGUUUGCCCUUGCAAUAAGGAAGCGAGGAAUGCCAAGGACAUGGCGGUGGAGAAGGAUGAGGAAGAGACAGCCAAAGAUGUGCGGGAUGACAAACAACGCCCUCUGGCGUCUGGGCAUCGGAUAAAGAAGGAACACGACGAUACUGUGGCUACGUUACAGAAACAAUGGCAACUCAACAAGGAUAUACGUGCAAGACUUGAGGGAGAGCAAUCUGGAUCACUUCACAUGCGCGACGCGGCUAUGGAUCCAAACAACACUACUGCCGUCAUUUCGAUUCAGUUCGAUAGUCGCCGCACCAAUAUGUGGCCGAUGAUGAUGUUUAUCGCAUGGCACUAA